AUGGGUGAGUGGGACUUCAUCGGUGGAUUCUUUAAAGACCUCCAGACCGAGUCGCCAAUGAUAGGUCGUUUCUGGCUCGUCCUCAUGCUGGUGUUUAGGAUAGUGAUCCUGGGAACUGUGGCCAGUGACAUGUUUGAGGACGAGCAGGAGGAAUUUACCUGUAACACCCUCCAGCCAGGAUGUAAGCAGGUGUGUUAUGACUUGGCUUUCCCCAUCUCCCAGUACAGAUUCUGGGUGUUUCAUAUAGUCCUCAUUGCUACACCUUCUCUGCUUUACCUCGUGUACGCCACACACCAGCAUAACAAGAGUGCCAACCCCUCUCCAUCGAAAAAAAGGAGCAGCAGGGAGAACAGAGAAGAAAGAGCCUUAAGAACACUCUACAUUAUCACUCUGAUCUUCCGCAUAGUUGCAGAAAUUGGCUUCUUAUUUGCCCAGUGGUAUCUCUACGGCUUCAAGGUGGAGGCCCAGUUCCCAUGUGACCGAUUUCCCUGCCCCUACACGGUGGACUGCUUCACCUCCCGACCUGCAGAGAAAACAGUCUUCCUCCUCUUCUACUUUGCUGUAGGGGUGAUAUCAGCAUUUUCCAGCGUUGUGGAGCUUUUCUACAGCUCUGCGAAGUGGUUUUGCUCAAAUCAGAAGAAAUUGGAACUAUAUGACCAAUGUGACUGCGAGAACCUCCACAACCUUAAGAAAGAGGAGACACAGGAGAAAGCAGCAGUAAAGACGAUGUCAGAGAGCACAGCCAGCAGUGUGAGAAGCAGCUACAGUCGAAAGGUCUACAGCAGUGGUCACAAGUGCAAAGUCCACCAGGAAAAUAUGCCCACAGAGGAGGACAGCUCCGAGGCAGAUGAGGGACUGGUCCCAGGACGGUCCAUCGGUGUGGAGCUGGAGGCCACGCCAGUCCCUGAAGAGGCCACGCCAGUCCCUGAAGAGGCCACGCCAGUCCCUGAAGAGGCCACGCCAAGCGCCACAGCAGAGAGGGAAGUUCCAGCGCUCCUGGAAUCCCUCUGUGAUGGACCGCCAGUCUCCAGGUAA